AUGAGCUCAUUAAAGACAUUGGAUCUUUCUGACAAUCAAUUGUUUGGAGAAAUACCUGAGGGCAUAUUUGGAGUUCUGUACCAAUCCAAGGGAUAUACUUACAUAGGAACAUACAAGGCUGAACAUUCUCCUUUUGAAAGUCAAUCGCUUUACUGGCGCUAUACCAAAGGAGUUGUGCCAAUUGAUAGAUUUAAGCAUACUACACCUUUCUCAUCACAAUUUUUCUGGUGCAUAUUCAAUUGCUUAGGUAAAGUGCCUUUUGAGAUUAAGUACCCUGAUUUAUUCUUGGAAAUAUUGUCUGGCCGGAUUUUGGUAGAUCACAAAUAUUGCAUGCCUUUUGACACACCAAUAUUACCAAAUGUGGAAGAGAAAGCAAAUUUCACUUCAAAGAAUAGAACCAACACUUACACGGGGAGAAUCCUUGCUUACAUGUCUGGAGUUGACUUGUCAAGCAAUAAACUAUUGAGGAAUAUCCCAUCUGAGCUUGGAAACAUGAGAAGAAUUCGAUCAUUAAACUUGUCACAUGAUGAUUUGACAGGGCAAAUUCCGACUACAUUCUCCAAUUUGGUACACGGAAAGAGUUUGAAUCUUUCAUUUAACAAGUUGAGUGGCCAAAUUCCUCCACAAUUGAGUGUGUUAUCCUCCCUUGAUGUAUUCAUUGUAGCGCACAAUAACUUAUCUGGUGCAACACCUGAAAGAAAAGGACAAUUUUCAACAUUUGAAGAAAGCAGCUACAAGGGUAAUCAAUUCCUUUGUGGACCUCCACUACCAAAAAGUUGCAAUCCUCUACCUCUUAUUUUACCAAAUGAUGAAGGUAGUGAUAGUUUGGUGGACAUGUUUGUUUUCUAUGUGAGCUUUGUUGUGUCAUACAUAUCAGCUUUGUUGGUAACCGCAGCAGCUUUAUAUAUUAAUCCUUACUGGAGGCAAGCAUGGGUUUACUACAUAGAAUUGAUGAACCUGAAUUGCUACUACUUUAUCAUGGAUAAUUUGUGUAAGUUAUUUAAAAAUGAAAAUAUGUAA